UAAGGAAAUCCCAUAUAUACAAUACCUACAUCUACAAUAUGUACAUUGUAUUCUUACAGAUGUUAAAGUUCUUGUUUUUAUUUAAGUUUUAGACAAUCUAAAUUAUUAUCCCCCAUAAUAUUUACAUGGUGAAGUUAUUGUAUUUUUUAUAAAAGUAGUGCAAAUGAGUUCAAGAGGCAACAGAUGUUAAUGACGUAUAAAGUGAAUUUAGAAGUAAAUGCAGUAAAUUUUAACUCAUUUGACAGAUAACAAAGGAUCAGUUAAACACAAAUUAUGGAGGGUAGAGUAGAGGAGAGUCCAGAAUCAACCCUGGCAAGUUCAUCGGAUGAUUUAAAUAAUGAUGGCUGUUGUAGUCCAAAAAAACUUCCUUUUCGUUUGUUUGGACUUAUUCUUAUGUGUUUACUAGGUUUCGGAUCAUAUUUUUGCUAUGACAAUCCGGCAGCACUUCAGGACUAUUUUAUCAAAGACCUGGAUAUGACAACUACUCAAUUCGUCCUUUUGUAUUCAAUUUAUUCCUGGCCAAAUGUAAUCUUCUGUUUUAUAGGAGGUUUUUUAUUAGAUAGAGUAUUUGGUAUUCGAUUGGGAACAGUUAUCUAUAUGGGUCUCACAAUGAUUGGCCAAUUUAUUUUUGCUCUUGGUGCUUUAGUUGAUGCCUUCUGGCUCAUGAUGGUCGGGAGAUUUGUCUUUGGAAUUGGAGCCGAAUCGCUGGCAGUCGCACAAAAUAGUUACGCUGUCCUUUGGUUUAAAGGGAAAGAAUUGAAUAUGGUGUUUGGUUUUCAAUUGAGUUUUGCUCGAGUGGGCUCAACGGUUAAUUUCCUGGUUAUGGAGCCAAUUUACAGAUACGUUUCCCACAUUUACUCUGGACCAACGUGUAUUGGAGUGGUUCUGUUUCUUGCUGCUCUCACAUGCGUGGCAUCAAUGAUAUGUGCCUGUAUAUUAGGGUUAAUGGACAGACGUAUGGAGAAGGCAUUGAGACGAGGAGAGGGCGAAGAACCUCGAAUUGCAAGACUUACGGAUGUAAAAGACUUUAAGGCAGUCUUUUGGUUCGUUGCAUUUAUUUGCAUCGCGUAUUACGUUGCGAUAUUUCCCUUCAUUGCACUUGGAAAAGUAUUUUUUAUUCGCAAGUACGAUUUAGAUCCGAGUAGUGCAAACACAGUGUGUUCGAUGCUUUAUUCUGUGUCUGCUGUUGCAUCGCCGGCUUUCGGCUUAGUUGUCGAUAAGACCGGAAAGAAUGUUUUGUGGGUUUUCCUCAGUAUUAUUGGGACAAUUGUUGCACACGGACUUCUCGCGUUCACUUUUGUGAGUCCGUAUAUUUGCAUGGUUACUUUGGGUCUGUCGUACUCAAUGUUGGCCAGCAGUCUUUGGCCUUUAAUUGCAUUAGUGAUUCCUGAAUAUCAACUUGGCACUGCUUAUGGAAUUGCUCAAGCGGUUCAGAAUUUGGGACUAGCCAUAGUAUCCAUAAUAUCGGGAAUGAUUGUCGAUAAAGGUGGAUAUUUCAUGCUGGAAAUAUUCUUCCUUGCUUCGUUGUGGAUUUCCUUAAUCACGGUGGUUGUAAUUUGGAUAUCCGACAGAGCCUCAACAGGUGGUUAUCUGAACAUGACUCCGAAUGAACGAGUGAAUUACGACCAAUGCCGCGGAUCCAUUGACGUGGUGGAGAGGGAACAAUUGUUGGCAUCAGGAUCAGCUACUGAUCAUUCCGGAGAUGAUUUGCAUCAAUCUCACUCAGACAUACGUUCCCGAGCAUAUAAAAGGCCUCACAUAUAAUACAAUUCGAUGAUGUUAGGCAAUAUCAUUUAGGAUAAUUUUAUUAAAUUAAUGAAUUUAUUGUAUAGAUAAAAAUUAAAUCUUUGUCGAGUGUAACUCAUUAAUGUAUUCUUAGUAUUGUUCAGUCAGUAUGUAAUUAAUAUAGCAAAGGCAAUGACAGAACAUUAAUGAUGUGCACUCUCAAACGAAAAAAAAAUAACUAAUUUCUUCAGUCUUCCUUUUGCGCAGUAAAUACUGUGAUAAUCGUAAAUAAAUGUUGUAUCCUUGGAAAUCUUGAAUAUUGGAAGAAAACUGCGCAAAUCAAUAGGAUGAUAAGGUUCUGGUAACAAAAA